GCAUGUAUAUGUCUACUUAGGUUUUUAAAUCUUCGUUCUUCCUUUGAUAUAAUGUAUGUGGUAUAUGAGUUUUGCUGGAAUAGAAAACAGAAUUGAAGACCCUAGAAUCCUUUCAGCAUUUAACUCAAAUCAUGAUGGAGACAGAGUAUUCCAAGAGAGUGUACCAAGGUGUGAGAGUCAAGCAUACUGUCAAAGACCUUCUUGCAGAAAAGCGAUUAAGACAAACAAAUGCACCCAGAUUUAGUCCAAGCACCAGUUCUUCUCAGCCAGCUUUUGUAACAAUGCCAGGGUCUCAUAUGCUUCCUGGUUAUUACAGUAUGAGAAGAUCCUUCCUCCCUGACUCAGAGCUCUGCCAUCCCAUGAAGCAGUACCCUGCAGACACUUACUCUUCAGCGCUGGGAAGCAAGGCCUUCUCGUACGACUAUCCCUCCAGUUACCCUGCUUUCAUUGACAGCUACUACACUCCUGAUUCUUAUGGAGAUUACAGAGUGCCAACUUCAUAUGCCACAAGUGGAGGGUCGCUGUUUCCACCAUCUACACUACCAGCACUAUUGCCAUCUCUGUCUGGAGAGUCAUCGUCCCACUUGCUCUUGAGAGACCCCUGGGAUCAGCCAUCUGAGGACCCAGCCAGUCAGCCAGAAGUCAUAUGUCCUGAGGUUCCAGCCCCUGUGGCAGACUCAACAUCACUGGCAGGGCCUGACUCUGGUGGUUCCUCUCCAUACCGUCUAUCCUCGGGGCGCAGUGGGAGCUCCAUAUCAUCCAGCUCUCAGCCUUACACUCUACAGCCUCUGGAAGAUGUUCCUUUCCCAGCAGCCUCCUACACCUCGGCCCCCAGCUAUACCUGCCCGCCGUACAUGACAACACCUGCAGAUCUGGCUGUGGUGAAGAUAACACCUGUCACCUCAGAGGAAGCUAGUGGUGGAGUGGUGUCUCUCAGUGACACUACAUCCUGGGCUAAAGAUGACGGAACUGGUUCCUGGUUGUCUUAUGAGACCAGGAGGGCUUUUUAAGAGGCUUAGAUGUCAAGAUAGCAGCUUUUAAGAUACAGUACAUGGACUGUGGACUGUUCGGACAGUUGUGAUUACACAGCCUCUCUGUCCUUACAUAGAAGGAGAUUAUAGUCAUGAAUAAUACUGUUGUGUGUGUUGUGUGUUUGUGUGUGUGUGUGUGUGUGUGUGUGUGUGUGUGUGUGUGUGUGUGUGUGUGUGUGUGUGUGCACGCGCACGCGUGUGUGUGAAUACACAUUGUAAAUAUGA